AUGGGACGCGUUUUGUACCGAGUAUCUGCGGUUUGUUUGUUUUAUAAGCUGUUGAAGAAGUUGUUAGUUGGUAGUAAAACUGAAAGCAAAAUGACGGCUGAAAUGCGAGAUAUGAUUAAUCAGCUCAUGGGAACGAAUCGAGCAGUAGAGGAGGGUCGACGUCUGGUACCCUAUAAUCAUCAUACUGUUUGCCGAGCUUUCCUUCUUGGCUGCUGUCCACAUGAAAUCCUGGCUGAUACCCGUCUGGAGUCCCUCGUCGCUUGCAAUAAGGUUCACGAAAGCGCCCACAAAGCCGAUUACGAGAACGCUCAGAAGCAACGAGAUCAUUUUUAUGAUAUUGAUGGUUUUGAAAGAUUGGAAGAAGCAGUCCGCAUCGUUGAUAAAGAAAUUGAAAGGACAAAGGAGAAAUUAAAGAAAGAUUGCGAAAAUGAAAUUGAUCAAGCUGAAAUUCUGAAGACGCAGAUGAUUGGAGAAUUAGGUGAGAAAAUUGGAACAACAAUUGUGAAAAUGGAGGCAUUGGGAAAUGAGGGUAAGGUAGAAGAAGCAAUGGAAUUGUCGAAAACCAUUGAGGAAUAUAAAAGGAAGAAGCGCGAUCUCGAGAAUGACGUGCGAACGGUACUGAACACACCACAAGUAAGACUUCGUGUAUGUGAUAUGUGUGGAGCACAGCUUAGUCUGAUGGAACAUGAAACUCGUUUGGCUGAUCACUAUGGUGGUAAAAUGCACUGUGGUAUGGAAACUAUUCGUGAGCAGUACAACGAAAUGAAGAAAACAGUUGAAGGGAGACGUGCUGAAUGGAAGAAAGUUCGACUUGGCCUAGGAAGUCCACGAGAUGACAGGAAUGAUCACGACAGGAGGGAUCGUGAUUAUCGUGCUCGGGAACGUGAUUAUGAUUCUCGCGACCGAGAAAGGAACAGAGAGAGGGAUCGGGACCGUGAUCGUAAUGGAGAUCGUUUGCGUGACAGGGACCGUGAACGAAGACGCAGGUUUAGUUCUUUUGUUUUUUAGUUAAGAAUUCCUCGACUUCCACAUUUCGUACUGAUGGUUUUAUAAGGUUUUAAGAGUACACUUAGUAACGACGUGCUGGUGGUACAUCGUAGGGGAUGAAGUAUAUGAACAAAAAGAUGGAGGGAAAUGAAUCCACUGUCUUGGUAAGUUAAGUUUUUGGGAGAAAUCCGAAAUGUGGAUGUUACAUUUUCCCCGUUCAAAUCAAAUCUUACAGUCGUUCGCCACGACGUCGGUCUCGUUCUCCUCGCGCUACCCGUGAUCGAGACCGGGAUUCACGACGAAGCGACCGUGAAAGACGCCGGAGCCGUGAUCGCCGAUAAAACAUUGUAUUAAUUAACUGUUGAAUCCAGUUCGUUAGUGUAUCUAUCGAUUCUUGUUCCGAUUCUGUAUAACUUUUGUUUUGUGCGGGAUUAUUGAUUUGCG